CCACUCUCUCUCUCUCUCUCUCUGCCUUUCCUAUUUCUCCACUGUUUUUUUGUCCCCUAAGUCUUCUUUUUAUCACCGUCAUCUCCAUAUUCUUUUGCACGAACAAAGCUCAAUCAAAACAAAAAACUCCACUCCUUUCUUUUCUAUCCUUCUCUUUUUCUCUUCUUCAAUGGCGGAUACAGACUCCUACAUCAAACAGCAGCAACUAGUAAAAGAACAAAACCAAGCAAACCCGACGCCUGAAUUCAUCAACCAAACUCUACUCAACAGAAGCUGGGAGCUUCUGCACCUUCUAUUUGUUGGCGUAGCAGUCUCUUACGGGAUUUUUAGCCGGCGAAAUGAUGAAACAGAGAAAGAAAACAAUAACAACCAAUCCAAGUUUGAUAAUGUACAGUCUUUCGUGCCUAGAGUCCUUCAGGUGUCAUCGGUUUUCGAUGAUGAAGCCGAAAACUUAUCCGGGUCUGAUGAAAGCAAGGUCCAGACUUGGAGUAACCAAUGUUAUAGGAAUGAACCCCCUGUUGUUGUAGCUAAAGAACAGGCUGUUCUUGAUGACCAGAGAAGCUCUAGUACUAGAACCACCGAAAAGCCUUUGCUUUUGCCUGUUAGGAGCUUGAAAUCGCGUGUUUUUGACGCCAAUAAUCUUGAGACCAGUAGGGAAAAUAGUGCAAAUUCUAGCUCUCCUAGUAUAUCUAAUUCUAGUUUGAGUUCCAAAAGGUUUUCAAAUAAAGGUAUAAAUGGGGAAUUGGGAAGAUUGUAUCAAGAUACUUUGGAGAAGAAGUUGAAUGAGAAUAAUGUUGCUCUUCCUUCACCAAUUCCAUGGCGCUCAAGAUCUGGAAGAAUGGAAGUGAAAGAAGAUAUUGAAUCUGAAUUCAAUAGGCUUGAAUCUCGAUCAUUUAGGUCCCAAACUACUCGUUUGACUCGAUCCAGUUCCAUGUCUUCUUCACCAAAGUUGUCCCAUUCACCACCUCUAUCUUCGCCAAAGAAGUUAUCUCCUUCCUCUUCUUUGUCAACGGAAACACAAGCCAAAAGUGCAGAGGAUUUAGUGAGGAAAAAGAGCAUUUACAGGUCUCCUCCCUCACCACCUCCUCCACCCCCACCAAUGAUUCACAAAUCAUCAUCACUGAAACCAAUUUCUACCUUGACUGAUGAUGAGGUUUCCUUUGAUAAGGAUUUGCCUUGGAACUUUGGAAGGGAAUCAAAUGACUUGAAUGGAAGCAGAGGAGACGCAUUUAUGGGUACAAAAAGGGACUAUAUUUAUGGUUUGUCCAAGGGAAAGUCAAGAAGGACGAUUCGGCCAGGCGAUUCGCUUAGUGGAACAAGGACAGAGGGUGAAAUUGAUAAUGGGAUCAAUGGCAAGACAGUGAAGUUUGAUCAAACAUCAUUGAUCAGGACUGAGAAGCUGAAUCGUGAAAGUGUCAGCUUUAUGCCAAAGCCAACUUUCAUGGAAUUUCCACAGGGAAGGAAACAAGAAUUUGUCAAAAAAUUGGUAGUGGAAACUACUGAUGAUGACUCGGAGAGUGAAGAUGAGGAAGUUGGUGAGACUUCCUGUCUUUCAAGCCUCGAAAGAAGUCCAAACAACGAGGAAGCUAGUGGCAUAGAUGGAGGGUCUGAUGUGGAUAAGAAGGCCGAUGAGUUCAUAGCCAAAGUAAGAGAGCAGAUCAGGCUUCAGAGGAUUGAUUCUAUAAAGAGAUCGAGUGGCCAGAUGAAGAGAAACUCUACAAGGUAAAGUUGAAGAGACAUCAAGCCAUAGAGUUUUCAGAGGAUGAAUUUGUAUUGGGUAAUUUUUUUUUUUUCCUUUCUUCUGCUUCUUGCUUUAUUAAAGGCCUUUUUGAAUUUAAGGUCAUGGUAUACAGAGAUAGUCUUGGUUUUAUCUUUGUGUAACCGUUUACAUUGAAGAAUUGUUUCUGUUCUUCAACUUGUUGGUUAUUUUAUCUCCUGCAUUGUUGUAACUGAAUUGGGAAAAUAGUCUUUUUUGCAAUGCUUUUGACUUACUCCUAAUGCAGAUUUUUCAGCUGCUCAACCAACUGACGAUCACAGAACAUAUAGCAUUUUAUGUAUGUCAUGCCACAUUGAAAUUUAUCAUGACAUCCACUAAAGAAUUUUUUUCUCCAAAAAAGAAGUGAUUAAAAGAGACCAAUUAAGUGUGAAGAAUAUAUUUUGACUU